UUUCAGCUAUAUAAACGACCGGAAAACUUCUUAUCGGCAGUCAGUUCUCAAGCGCCAAAACAAUCUUCAAGACUCCGGAGUCGCUCCAGUCGUGCGAUAAGUGCAACAGCAGUAAUCUUAAUAGAAGCAUCUAUCGGAAAAAUGGCAUCCUUCAAAGCUACCCUGCUCUUCGCCUUCAUCGCCCUGUUUGCCCUGGUAUCGGCCAUCCCAGCUCCGCAGCAGCCGGGGGCGCGGCAACCGAUCGCGCCCCGCCCAGCUGGUGUAGGUCCCGCUCCCGCCGAUGAUCUGGAAGCAGCAUCCGAAGACAAAGACCUGAAGGGUGCUUCAUCGUUCGGAUACGGAUACUACGGUUAUCCCGGCUACUAUGGUGGAUAUUAUGGCUAUCCAGGAUACUACGGUUAUGGUCGUGGAUACCCAUACUACCGCUACGGAGGACUGUACGGAGGAUACUGGUACUAAGCGAGUCUGUCUCCCUCAGCGGUCCCUCAUUUCGUCCCGUGAUACCUGCGACAGCAGGUCACACCCGUGUUUCGUACCUGUGCUAUUCAUUUCCGGUUUCAUUCCUCCACAAGUUCUUCCAUCGCAUACUUGACCCACCAGUAGGCGUGAUCCAGCGCAAACGGCUAACAAUCCAAAGGAUUCGCAGCAUUGCUAUGGCUUUUCAGCUGUGAGUCGCCUUGUUCGAUAAUACCUCCCGUGUUUCCAUUUGCGUAUGUGCCCUGGCACCGCGGUGGAGUUCCCUUUCGGUUCCGUUUUGGAGAACCGAACUGGAAGCCACCAGCGAUUGCUUCGCGCAUUAUGUAAUGGGAUUACCGUUUUUCCUUCGUUGUACUUAGCAUCUGAUUUUGUGUAUUCCAAAUGCUGCCGAAUUUAUGAGAAAAUGACAAAAAAAAUCUCUUGUAUAUACCUUCUAUGUUUUUCUAAUAAAAAAUAUGUUACAGAAA